AGAAUAUACCAUUCAUUAGAAAAAUGAAUCAUCCAUGAUGUUGAGUAGUUUCUUUUCUUUUCAUCCUUGUGUUAGGUCUCAGUAGAGUUGGAGGAGCUAACAAUAAAGGUGAAAAAAGAUUUGGAAAACAUGAAAAACGAGGGCAAAAAUACAGAGCUAGAGGAUAUCCAUCUCACAGUGCAGGAUGCUGCACAAGUUUUGAUUGGUCUAAACACAAGCGUAAAUGAGAGGUUUCUACAUUUUCAACAAAGCAUCAUGCAACUGGAUCAAAAGGUGAAAAAUACUACUGGCAGCACGAGCAUCAGAGGACCACCUGGAGUUAAUGGUACUAAUGGGGACACUGGACCUACCGGACCUGCCGGACCUGGCGGACCUGCAGGAUAUAAUGGUACAAAGGGUGACAUUGGACUUGCCGGACCUGCUGGACCUCCUGGACCUGCAGGAUUUAAUGGCACUCAGGGCCCUGCGGGACGAUCUGGACUACCUGGUGUUCAGGGUCUCAGUGGACCAUCUGGGUUCAAUGGUACCCAGGGUCCACCUGGACCUGGGACCAUUAAGACUUUAUCCAGCACUGGUAUGGCAGCAAAUUCGCUCGCCCAACAAGAAAUUGUAGCGACUGAACAAAAUGGUAAAAUCUUUAUUGGCGUAAACUGUGAUACAAAUGACGCGAAAGUUGCUGUAUUAGCAAGCACCAUUUCAGGUGGAAAGAGAACCUACAAGUGCUCUUGUUAUGGUACCCUAACAACUGGAGAAGCAAAGAUGUAUUGCUACAUGCACUACUGGGAGUGUCAGUUAUGAGAGGAAAAACAGAAAGCCAAUUUAUAAACAGGAGUCUUUGUGUAGAAGAUAAUACUGUGUUGAAUCAGAAACGAGACGAAGAACAAUUAGUGGUUUAACGUAGAUACUUUUUUUCAAAUAUGCCCAGUAAACUGGGUUUUCUUUCAGACAGCAUU